CGACACUAUGAAAGUAUCGUUCCCGAAAUUCAACCAUCAACUCACUCUUCAUAUUGUCUUAGGUCAUCGAUCCUCGCCGCCGAGAUCAAAUCCCCAACAAGAUAGAUGGCUCAGCCAAGGUCUCCAACAUGGGAAUCCCACGGCUUUCCCAAGAUCUUUUACCCUACUCAGAACAACGGUACCUUGGUACUCCUCUAGGACAAUCCCCACGGACCAAGGAUCGUGUCAUCACCUCCCUGAUCAUAGACGGCCCUUCUCUCGUCUACUACAUAUACAACAAGCUCCUUGCAUACAAGUCUUCCACCACACCAACCUUGACGGCACAACUCCCAUCUUAUGUCGAGAUCAACCAAGCCUUGGACCAAUUUCUUUCCGAGCUCGAAGAUCGCGGCGUCGGAUUGCAGGAUCUAUUCUUCGAUGGCGCUCUUCCCAAGUCCAAACGCGACAUCCGUCUCGAAAGAAUGGAGAAACUCCGUCACCAGCUCGAGACCUAUCGCAAGAUGUAUCCGGAGUUCUCUCCCGUUGCGAGUUCGCACCAAACCCUAGACCUCGAAAAGGCACUAUGGAACACGCCAGUGAUGUCCACGAGGAAAUUAGCCCUACCAGCCCCUCCCUUCAUGGUCGCCAGUGCCAUCGAAUCACUACGCAGCGGCAAGUUCGCGGCACAAGUCCGAGUCGUACCCGGCGAAGCUGACAUGUACUGCGCCGAUGCUUCGAACCGCACAGGCGCGGCCAUCUUGACGAAUGACUCGGACCUCGUGGUUCACGAUCUUGGUAUAAAGGGUCGCGUCAUCCUACUGCACUCGCUCGAAAAGAAGCAGGCACCCCGGACCACGCACGAACCGAUUAGCGCUUUGACUCUUCAUCCGAUAACUAUUGCCCGAAGCCUCCAAGCCAGCUCAUUGCUUCGAGUCGGGUUCGAGCGAUAUCUAGACCCGAGCCUAUCAAUCUUACUAGUGAAAGAGCGAGCCAGGGACGAUUCCAGACUCGAAAAGUUGCGCGGCGAAUUCGACAGAUUUGCAGAGCAAUACGUGACCAUUUUACCCGCCCAACCGCCGCAACCGCAAAUAGACGGUCUCGAUCCACGUACUGCGGAGCUCGUCGUGACUUUCCUGGACUCACCGCACAUUUACCUCACUCCGCUAAUCGAAGACCCAUCGCGCGACUCAUCGUGGUCCUACGGCACGAACAUUCGCCAACUAGCGUACUCUUUCCUCUGCACCGCAUACGCUCGCUCCACUAGCAAUAGCAUCAUAGAGUACGCAAGAAAAGGACAAAGAAUCUCCGCCAGCACAGUUCAAUCCCUCUUGGAGCAAAAACUGCAAGCCCGAACCACCGAGGUCCUCGAACAUCUCGACACAUUCGACAUCCGAGAAGAAGCCGCAGAACAACCACUUCUCACCUGGUACAUAUUAGCCUUCCAUCUCAUCCACCAGCAAAAGCUCGACGCCGGCAAAACAACUCCAGAACUGCCACAGAUUGCAAAUCUCUUCGGCCUGCACCCGUCAUCAUCAAGACCAUCAUGGGACGACAUUCAUCUCCGAGCAAAUAUGCACGCCGUACUAUAUUCGUUCCGUAUCCUGCACCAGAUACUCCACCAUAUCAUGCCCAGGCUCACAGAAUCGAGUCAACGCAAUGAAGAGCUCAUCCACAUGGUACAGAAGCUCCUCGACAUACUUGACAGAUUGCCGACCAUUGCGGACCUCUUCCUCGACGUCGGUGAACUCCGCGUACGUGUCGGCAACAUGAGUCUCAAAGUCAGGAACACCGCGUUGGCCAAUCUGGGUCGACUGCUCCAACUACCAGUCGGCGAAAACGAAGCGCAUCUGGAGGGAGCAAUCCCGCAAUACCAAAAUGACCUCGCUCAGAAUCAAGGAGAAGAGUGGCAGUCAACAACCCGCAAGCGCAAGAGGAAGCGAGUGACACAGCAAUCCCAGGAACCUACCACCAGAAGCACCAACAUGUUCGAUCUAUUGAUUGACAGAUGAUUCUAAUUGUUGCCCAACGCUCUAAUUAUUUCUUCCAACUACUUUGCAAAAACCUUCCCACAAAUUUCUCCACCAAUUCCGUGCUCAGCGCCGGCGCAAGUCCCAACGCAGGUGACAGUCCUUCUGCACCAGCCGUAAUAUAUCUCAACCCUUUUCGUUCCGUCACAUCAUUAUCAUACUUUUGCGCAAAGAACUCGACCAGUUUGAUCGUCGGAUUGAUCCGUGGAUCAGGAUUAGAUGCGCGCAAUUUUCGAACCCAGUCUCUCUGCCCGACCUCUUCAAACGGCAAUCCUGCACCGCG